AUUUGUUUUGACCAUGGCUCUUUAUGCUUGGGGCGCCAAUAGCUAUGGGCAGUUAGGAAUAGGCUACAAAUCUGAUGCAGAAAUUAAGCCACAAAAAGUUGAACUGAGGGGAACUGAUUUGAAAGCAGAAGAGAUUGUUUCUAUUGCCGGCGGAGGUGGCCAUACGUUAAUUUUAACUUCCAAUGGGUUUGUUUACUGCUGUGGAUGGAACUCAAAGGGCCAGUUGGGCCUGUCUGAUGAUACUUUAACAUUUACUCAGAUUGAUAUUUUGAAGGAGUUUAAGGUUGUACAAAUAUCAUGUGGUUGGGACUUCAGUGCUGCUGUGUGUGAAUGUGGAAAGCAGUUUGUAUGGGGCAACAAUCAAUAUACUCAACUUGGCCUUUCAAAGAGCAUUACCUGCACUGGGAUUCCUUCAAGAUUACAAGUUUCUCAGAAAUUAGCUACAGGUUUCAAGCAAGUUAGUUGUGGAUUACGGCAUUCAGCUAUGAUUACCAAAGAUGGUGGUCUUUUGGUAGCCGGUACUGGUGCUAAAGGCCAACUGGGAUUGGGUGAUAAUUUUGAUGAUGAUAAUUACUUAAGUAUAUCAAAAGUUCCAGAUUUAUAUGAUGUAAUUAGUGUAGCCAGUGGGCAGAACCACACUGUAUCGUUAAAGGAAAAUGGUACAAUCCUCAGUUGGGGUGAAAACAAAUAUGGUCAACUUGGUGUCGAUACCAGUGUAGCUAUUAGUUUUAUACCUUUGGAGGCAUUUCACCUUGAGGGUCUCAGUAGUGUGUAUGCUGGCUGGACACACAGUGCAGCAUUGGCAAACAAUGGAGAUGUUUUUAUUUGGGGCAGAAACAAUUAUGGUCAGCUAGGAUCGGGAAGAGCCAAUGCACUCUUUAAGCCUGAAAAGCUUGAUACUUUAAGCAAUGUUAAUCAAUUGAGCCUUGGCUCGGAACAUAAUUUGGCAGUAACCAAGGAUAACAAGCUUUAUUCCUGGGGAUGGAAUGAGCACGGUAGCUGUGGUACUGGUGAUAAGAAAGAUGUGAAAAUUCCAACACAAAUCUUAAAUAGCAAGAAAGUUAAAUAUGCUUUUGCCUGUACUGGCACUUCAUUUGCCGUUGUUGAAUAGCAUUAAUUUAGACUUCAUUUUUUCUUUAUAAUGAUUUUAAAAUUGUUCAUAUAAGUAUUUUUAUAAGAAAUGUAAUUAUUGUAUCGGCUCAUUAAUUUUUUUUAUAAUAAAUAUGAUUUUCAUGCAUGGUAAAGUUCAUAUAUUGAUUUUUUCUACGGUUGUUACUGGCAACUUAUUGUUUGUAUCCAUUUAUAUAUUUCAUUGCAUGUGACAAUUGCAACAAAACUGUGUGAAAAAUAUGUUGCAUUCAUUUCGUCCUAAAAAUAGUAGGUAAAUUAUUUUUUUACUAGGUUUUAUCCUUUAUUCCAAGAUUAUAUUUUUACAUUUAAUACAGUUAUGUAUAUAAUUUUGAAACUUAUAUCAAUAGAUUUCUGUGGAAAUGCCUAAAAA